AUGACCGACUCUGUUUCCCCGGAGCUCGGCCAGUUCGAACGCGCCGGCUCCUCCUUGCCCACUUGGUCCCUUCGACUGCCCGAGACACGCACCAUCGAAUCUAAGGAGAUCGAUGCGCUCAUGCGCGCCCGCCGUCGUCAGCUGUCCUCGCAAAUGUUGACACCACCGAGUUCCGACACCAGUUCUACGACAGAAGGGGAGGACUAUGCCUACAGCGACACUAGUAGCUUCUUCGACGACGCUCCCUCCGUAUCCGUCUCGGCCACCUUCGACAUUGCGGCCUGUCUGCUACCAACCCCUCCCGACCUCGCACUCAUCUCCUCCGAUGGGGUCAUCUUCCACACCCACAGCGCGCAGCUGCUCAGCAUAUCCUCGAACGACUUCAACCACCUCAUCCUCCCCGACCAGGCGCCAUACGCCCGCGUCGAUGCAAUCGUGUGCGUCCCCGAGCCCUCCGCCGUGCUCAACAUCGUCCUCCACACCGCCUACCAGAUCUCCUGCGAGGACCACCAAUACCCCCUGGACACGCUCAUCGCCGCGGUGGACGCCAUGGCCUCCUACGGCCUGUUCCCGCAGGUGCACCUCCGCCCGCUCAUCGACCGCAUCCUCGCCCUCUCCCCCACGCAGCCGCUCGCCGUCUACGCGCUCGCAUCGCGCCACGACUGGUUCGCACUCGCGCAGCCCGUGUCCAGCCACCUCCUCUCGCUCCGCCUCGAUUCGCUCACGGACGAGCUCGUGCGCACCGUCGCCGCCCCGUACCUCAGCAAGCUCUUCCUGCUGCACAUCGCGCGCCUCGGGACGCUGAAGACGCUCCUCCGCGCGCCGCCGCAGCUGCACCCGUGCACGCCCGAGUGCGACUUUGCGCAGCAGAAGAAGCUCACGACGGCGUGGGUGCUCGCCGCGGGAUACCUUGCCUGGGACGCGCGUGCGGAUGUGUCCCCGGGUGCGAUCGAGGGUGCGCUCGCGUCGCUCGGGCCGCGGAUUUCGUGCGAUCUGUGCAAGCUGAGCUUGGAGGAACGCAUCAAGGACGUCAUCGCGCGGUGGUCGUUUGCGCAGCGGACGAUCUGA